AUGACUGAGCAGGACAACGUUAUCUCUGACGAGGCAAGCAUGACUUCUGUCCCGAUAGAAACAGACACAGAGAACAUAAAACCAACAGAAGCUGCCACAGAUGAACUACAAAGUCAAAAUGAGGUAAAUGAGGCUCCACAAGUCACUGAUGAACAACUCAAUGCAAAGAUUCAGACCUCUGAGAAUGAACCUUCUGAACAACACCAAAUUGAUCAACAGAUGAGUGAUGGACCACAAGCGGCAGAUUCUAAUUCUAAUCCGAAUUCGGAUUCUGAACUGGAGUCAGUGCCUAUCAAUGAGCCAAGCUCGGAAACACAACAGCAACAACAGACAACUAAUGAAGAUCAUGAUGAGCAGGAAGAGGAGGAUAUAACACCAUCAAUUCAAAUUUCAGAGGCUGUUCCUCACACAGAACAACCUUUGCCCUCUUCUCCAUCACAUAAAAGAACUGAAUCCAUAUUAUCUACAAAUACGAUCGCGUCUAAUACGAAAUCAACUUUACUCUUAGCAAAGAACACUUUUGAAACAAUCUUACAGGAAAAGGAAAUAAAAAAAUAUCCAAAUGCCCAAAAAAUUAUUGAAAGUACAAUGUCUAGGGUGGAACAAACAAUGGGCCAAUCUGGUUCAUUUACUCUGGAUUCCAUCGAUUCCAUCUUGAUUUUUGAAGCAUUGAGAGCAAGUUGUAGAACUAAAUCAUCUCAUAUUAAGAGAAAGGCAUUAGAUUGUUUAUCAAAAUUGUUUUCCUUUAGAGCUUUGGAUGAAUCUUUAUUAAUUAAUCCUCCAGACUCUAUGGCAUCUAAUGAUCAAAACCAAAACACUCAAGAUGGUAUUACACCCCCACCAAAACAAUUACUCAUUGAUGCAGCAAUUGAUACCAUUGCAGAUUGUUUCGAUGGUGAAGGAACAAAUGAAAAAUUAGAACUGCAAAUUGUAAGAGCAUUAUCAAGCUGUAUCCUAGCAGAAGAUGCUACUUCUCUUUGUCAUGGACAAUCAUUAUUAAAGGCAAUUAGAACAAUUUAUAACAUAUUUGUCUUCUCUUUAAACCCAUCCAAUCAAGGGAUUGCACAGGCAACGUUAACACAAGUCAUCAGUUAUGUCUUUGAAAGAGUCGACGUUAAGAAAUUAGAAGCCAAUGCCGCUUUGCAAUCUCAAAGACAAUCCGCUUCCAAUAUUGAUGUCACUGGUGGAUCACCAACAGAGGAUACUGCUCCAUUAACAUUGGAAAAUAUUAAUAGAAUAAAUGCUGACAUGGAGACAACACUAGAUGAUCAAGAAGAUCAAGACAUUGAACAGAAUAACCCACAAGCAUUAGCCAUCAAGGACACUUUCCUUGUAUUUAGAACAAUGGCCAAAAUUUGUGCUAAACCAUUAGAGGCUGACUUGGAUAUGAGAUCUCAUGCUGUUAGAUCCAAAUUAUUAUCCUUACAUAUAAUUUACUCUAUCAUUAAGGAACAUAUAGAUCUUUUCUUAUCACCAGUGGUCUAUCUACCGGGAAAAGAUGGUGUAACAUUACUAGAAAGUAUUAGACAAUAUCUUUGUCUUUCCCUAUCACGUAAUGCUGCAUCUCCUGUCUCACCAGUCUUUGAAAUCACUUUAGAAAUCAUGUGGCUACUAAUAUCAAAUUUGAGAGCAGAAUUUAAACGUGAAAUCCCUGUAUUCUUAAAUGAUAUAUAUUUCCCCAUUGCAGAAUUGAAAGCUUCGACAGCUCAACAAAAGAGAUACUUCCUAAGUAUUAUACAAAGAAUUUGUAACGAUCCAAGAACAUUGAUAGAAUUUUAUUUGAAUUACGAUUGUAAUCCCGGUAUGCCCAACGUCAUGGAACUCAUGGUAGAUUACUUAACCAAAUUAUCCUUAACCAGAGUGGAAAUAACUCAAACACAAAGAUCAUAUUAUGAGGAACAAUUAGCAAAACCAUUAGCUACAUACAACUUGAGUCAACUACCACUUUUAACGACUUCCAAUAUAGCUUCCAGUGUAGAUGCAGGACAAUCAACUUUAUAUUUCCCCUUAGAUUUUGCUCUCAAGAUGCAAGCAUUAAAUUGUGUGGUAUCUGUUUUGCGAUCCUUAAAUUCAUGGGCUCAGAAGGCAUUAAACCCUACUGAACCUGCCACUGAGGGAUUAACUAAAUCGCGCUCAAACCAAUCAUUAUCUGUUUCAUCCUUUGUUAAUGAUAAGAGAGCUUCUUUAUUGCGUGAACCAAAUGCUAAUAAUUUGGGUGAUGAUGAGAGUAAAUCAAUAUUGAGUCAAGGAUUAGAAAUGGACGACCCAAUGCAAUUUGAAAAUUUAAAGCAAAGGAAAACUGAAUUAUCAAGUUGUAUCAACUUAUUUAACAACAAACCAAAGAAGGCCAUUCCUGUUUUAAUCGAGAAGGGUUUCCUAAAGGAUGAUUCCCCAAUUGAAAUAGCUAAAUGGUUAUUACAACAAGAUGGACUAAAUCUAGCUACAGUUGGUGAUUAUUUGGGUGAGGGUGAUGAAAAAAAUAUUGCAGUAAUGCAUGCAUUUGUUGAUGAAUUAGAUUUUGCUGGAUUAUCUAUUGUAGAUGCCUUACGAGAAUUCCUACAGAAAUUUAGACUUCCCGGUGAAGGUCAAAAGAUUGAUAGAUUUAUGUUGAAAUUUGCUGAAAGAUUUGUUGAACAAAAUCCAGGUAUAUUCUCCAAGGCAGAUACCGCUUAUGUGUUGUCUUACUCCUUAAUUAUGUUGAAUACAGAUCUACAUUCUGCCCAAGUUAAAAAUAGAAUGACAUUGAAUGAUUUCCUAGAAAAUAAUGAAGGCAUUGAUAACGGUAACGAUCUACCACGUGAAUUCUUGGUAAACCUGUACAAUGAAAUUGAUAAUAAUGAAAUAAAACUAUUAUCUGAACAACACGAGGCGCUCUUAUCUGAUAAUGGAGCUCUCGUACAUCAACAACCUGCAUUCAAUUUCUUCAGCUCUAGAGAUAGCAAUAGAGAAGCUUACAUGCAAGUUUCCAAAGAGAUUGCUUCCAAGACAGAACUUGUUUUUAAGAACCUACAGAACUCUAAAGAUAAAACAUCGUCGGACGUUUAUUAUGCUGCCUCUCACGUGGAACAUGUUAAAUCUAUCUUUGAAACUCUUUGGAUGUCAUUCCUUGCAGCACUAACUCCACCAUUCAAAGAAUAUGAUGAUGUCGAAACAACUAACAAAUGUCUAGAAGGUUUGAAAAUUUCCAUUAAGAUAUCAUCUAUAUUUGCCAUCGCUGAUGCAAGAAAAUCCUUCAUUGGUGCAUUAGUUCAAUUCUGUAAUUUGCAGAAUCUGGAUGAAAUUAAGAUGAAGAAUGUUAAUGCCAUGGUUUUCUUACUGGAAGUUUCAUUGACUGAAGGUAAUUAUUUGAAAGAAUCCUGGACGGAUGUAUUAAUUGUUGUUUCACAAUUGGAAAGAUUGCAAUUGAUUUCGAAGGGUAUUGACAGAGAAAGUGUUCCUGAUGUUGCUCAGGCCCGUGUUACUAACCCAAGACAUUCCUUAGAUUCCACAAGAUCAUCAGCAGUUCAAUCUUCCAUAUUUGAUAUCUGGGGUAAGAAGGUAACACCAGCUGAAUUAGCACAAGAAAAGCAUCAUAAACAAACAUUGUCACCCGAUAUUAUGAAAUUUAUUUCAUCAAGUGAUUUAGUGGUGUUAAUGGAUAACCUUUUCACAAAGAGUUCAGAACUUUCAGGUACUGCCAUUGUUGAUUUUAUUAAGGCAUUAACUCAUGUAUCAUUAGAUGAGAUCGAAUCAUCACAAUAUGCAACAACUCCUAGAAUGUUUUCAUUACAAAAAAUGAUUGAUGUUUGUUAUUACAACAUGGAUCGUAUUAAGUUAGAAUGGACUCCUAUUUGGGCUGUUAUGGGUGAAACUUUCAAUAAGAUCUGUACAAAUCCAAACUUGACUGUAGUUUUCUUUGCAAUUGACUCAUUGCGUCAAUUAUCAAUGAGAUUCUUAGAUAUCGAGGAAUUAACAGGUUUCGAAUUCCAAAACGAUUUCUUAAAGCCAUUUGAAUACACAGUGGAAAAUACAACGAAUAAUGAAGUUCAAGAAAUGAUUAUUGAUUGUCUUGGUAACUUUAUCAAAACAAAGGCAGACAAGAUUAAAUCUGGUUGGAAACCAAUAUUGGAAUCUCUAAGAAUCACUGCAAAGUCAAAUAAUGAAGUAAUUGUGUCCAAUACUUUAGAUUUAGUCAGUAAAGAAAUCAUCGCCAAUUAUUUUGAACAGGUGUUCUGUCAAGAUACAGCCUUUGCCAACUUGGUUGGAAUUCUUGAAGAAAUUACCAAGAAUAAGAAAUUCCAAAAAUUGGCAUUGCAUUCUUUGGAAGUAUUAAAGAGAUUAACUCAAAAGAUUGCCAAAAUCUGUUUUGAAGAUAAGGAUGAGACUUUAUUACAUGGUAAGGAUAUUUUCCAAGAUGUUUGGUUCCCAAUGCUAUUCUGCUUCAACGAUACUAUUAUGACCUCUGAUGAUCUUGAGGUUAGAUCUAGCGCCUUAAACUUUAUGUUUGAUUCCUUGGUUGCCUACGGUAGUCAUUUCGAUAAGCCCUUCUGGGAAAACAUCUGUACACGUUUAUUGUUCCCUAUCUUUGGUGUCUUAUCGAAACAUUGGGAGGUUAACCAAUUCAAUAGUCAUAAUGAUCUCAGUGUUUGGUUAUCUACCACAUUGAUUCAAGCCUUAAGGAAUUUAAUUGCUCUUUUCACGCAUUAUUUUGAAGCUUUGAAUGAUAUGCUCGACGGAUUCUUGGGUUUACUUGUAUCCUGUAUAUGUCAAGAGAAUGAUACCAUUGCAAGAAUUGGUAGAUCAUGUUUACAACAAUUAAUAUUACAAAAUGUGGCUAAAUUCAAUGAUAAUCAUUGGGAGUUAAUCGGUGAAGUCUUUGAAAAAUUGUUUGCCCUAACCACAGCUACUGAAUUAUUUGAUUAUGAUCCCUUACACCAGGGAAGAAAAAGUUCAGUCACUCAACAAGUUAUUCGCAACACUACUGCUUCAAGUGAAGAUGAAACUGUAGAAAGAGCUCAUCAGGAGGAAGCCAGCCAAGAUGUCGGUAACGAAAUGGCGGACCAGGACUCGGAAAUCAGAGGUUCUAAGGGGGAAGACACUGAAAAUAAUACCGUUUUACCACCUCUUAACGAAUCUAAGACAUCACUCGUAAGGACUGAUCUUGGUUCCGAGGAUCCAAACCGUAGAUUGAACGUCAAGAAUUCCAUUGUUGUUAAAUGUGUGUUGCAGUUAUUGAUGAUUGAGUUAUUGAAUGAAUUAUUUGAAAAUGAAGAAUUUUCUCAUCACUUACCUUACAAGCAAGCCAUUAAGAUGACUGAAUUAUUAGAAAAAUCAUAUACUUUCUCCCGUGAUUUCAACGAAGAUUAUGGAUUGAGAACAAGAUUGGCUGAAGCACGUGUUGUUGAUAAGAUACCCAACUUGUUGAAGCAAGAAACGAGUGCAGCCGCCGUCCUGAUUGAUAUCAUGUUUAAACUAUAUUUGAAUGAUGAUGAAAAGAAGACUGAUCUAUUGAGUCGUCUGGUCAAUAUUUGCAUGGGAGUAGUCAAAGCUUACGUCUCGCUAGAUGAUAGAACGAUGGAGCGUAGUAUAAAUUCAUGGCGUCCCGUGAUCGUUGAGAUAUUGCAAGGGUUCUACGAGUUUGACGAUGAGGAUUUCAGGAAGUACUGUCCCGAAGUCUAUGAAUUAGUCAUUGAGAUCCUAGGAAAGAGUGUUCCUACUGAUUUAAGGUCAGCAGUAAAAUCAUUUUUAGCAAGAGUCGGUGAGCUAUACCUUGCCAUUGAUGAAGUUGAAUAG